AGUGGAUUAUUAUAGGUUAAAAUCACCUAUUAUUAUUACAGGUUCUUAUCGUCUUGGUAAACAUCACACUUUAGCAAAGACUUGGAAUUGAGGGUCAUUGCUGGGACUACGGCUCCAAUGCCGCUGUAUUUGUUUUGUACGUAAAUAGAAAAGGAAAAGGUUACACUGGUUUCAAUCAAUUCAGAUUAUAAUAGAUGAAUAUUUACACCAAGUUCAAACAAUGCGUACGAUAUAUGAAUAUGUUGAAUGGGUAACCGAGUUCAAACAAUCAAGCCCUCAAAAGCCAACUUCCCAAGAUACUUGAUAAGGCUAACCGGGUACUUCUCUUCACCACUGUUGCCUCCGAAUAAAAAAAUUUCAAGCAGAAUUCCUGUUGGCCGCAAGCUCAAACAUCCUGUCUUGUUUAUCGGAUCACAUGGCCUCUUCUCAAAUGUUCAUCCUCCAUUUGAGGCCAAGUCGUUUCAUUUUUCUACCGUCGUUCAACCGUUUGCCAAAAUGUCCCAAAGAGAUUCCUAUCGACUAUAUACCCAAUUCUACGAUGUCAUUGAACUCCUUAAGUCCUCAACGGCAAGGCCCAGCCUAGUAACAGCUACAAUCGCCCAUUGCUUAGCUAUCAAGAUUGGUGCUCUUGCUCACCUGCCAGCUUGCACUUCUCUCCUCACUGCGUAUUCAAGAGCCAAAUAUUUCAUCUCAGCUUUGGCAUUGUUUGAUGAAUUUUGUGACAGAGAUGUGAUCCUUUGGAAUGCUAUGAUCAAUGCUGCAGUUGAAAAUAAGUCUUACAAUGUUGCCAUGCAGUUUUUCGUUGAAAUGACUGAGGUGGGUGUUGCUUUUGAUUCCACAACUUUGUUGCUUAUUGUGUCAGCUUUAUCUCAUAUGAAGUACUUGAAACAUGGGAAGAGUUUUCACUGUUUGAGCAUUAAAGUGGGUAUGCUUGGGGAUUGUAGUUUAUGCAAUGCUCUACUAGACAUGUAUGCUAAAUGCGGUGACUUAACCUCUUCUCAGUCUAUGUUUACAUGGAUGGAUUGUCGAGAUGUUAUUUCUUGGAAUUCAAUGGUAAAUGGUUUUCUUUAUAAUGGUCAUCCUGGAAAGUCCUUCUGGUGUUUCAGAGAGAUGAUUUCAUUGGGAAUCAGAGUGGAUAGUAUGAGUUUGUCAUGUGCUAUCUCAGCAUCUGCUGCUUUGGGGGAGUUAAGUUCCGGACAAACCAUUCAUGCUUGGGGAAUAAAACAGGGAUACAACUUUGACAUCUCGUGUUCCAACUCUCUGAUUUCAUUAUAUUCAGAGUCUGGAGAUAUUGAAGCUUCAAAGUCAGUGUUUAAAGAAAUGGUGCUUAAGGAUGUCAUUUCAUGGAAUGCAAUGAUUGGAGGCUUUGCCUCAAAUGGAAUGAUUUUGGAAACGUUUGAUAUGCUUUACAAAAUGCAACUAACUGGAUAUGCUCAGCCUGAUGUAGCGACUUUAUUUACAACAAUUUCAUUUUGUGCAGAGUGGAUGCUAUUAAGAGAAGGGAAGACUGUCCAUGGAUUCACAAUUCGCAGACAGAUGAUAUCAGAUUUAUGGGUGAUUAAUAGCCUUUUGGACAUGUACUCAAAAUGUAAUUGUAUAAUCAAGGCUGAGCUUUUAUUUAAUGCUAUCCCCAAAAGAGACUUAGUCUCAUGGAAUGUGAUGAUCUCUGGCUACAGCCGGAAUGGGUAUUCAAAAGAAGCUCAAAGUUUAUUUAAGACACUGACCCAUCAGUGUUUACAGUUGAGUUUUUCAACUGUCCUGGCUGUUAUUUCGUCUUGCAUUUCCCUUGAUUCCCUUCAGUUUGGUAAAUCAAUUCACUGCUGGGAGAUAAAGGCAGGGCUUUCAAGCAAUAUUCUUAUGGUUAAUUCCCUCAUGCAUAUGUACAUUAAUUUUGGGGACUUAUCAGCUGCUUUUAUGUUGUUUGACACAAUUUCUGCCGAAGUGGAUAUUGCCUGUUGGAACACUAUAAUUGCUGGUUGUACAAAUAAUGGCCACUUUCGAGAAGCUUUAGCAACAUUUAAUUGGAUGAGGCAGGUAAUGGAUGUUAUGUGCGAUUCUAUCACUCUUGUGAAUGUUAUAUCAGCUUGUGGAAAUCUCUUGUUGAUUUAUGAAGGUAAAUCCCUGCAUGGCCUUGCCAUUAAAACUUUUGUGGGAUCAGAAACUCGAGUGCAGAAUGCGCUAAUCACUAUGUAUGGAAGAUGUGGUCACACUAAGAGCGCGAGAUCAGUGUUUGAUUUCUGUUCAAGUCGCAACUUAUGCUCAUGGAACUGUAUGAUCUCUGCUUUUUCCCAGAAUAAGGAAGGAAGACGAGCACUAGAAUUAUUUCACUUUCUUGAAUUUGAACCCAACGAAAUCACCAUAGUAGCCCUUCUCUCAGCUUGCCAUCAGCUUGGACUUCUAAGACAGGGAAAACAAAUCCAUGGUCACGUAUUGCGGAUUGGAAUCUUUGAGAAUUCAUUCAUAUCUGCAGCCCUUGUGGAUAUGUAUAGCAACUGUGGACAGCUGGACCUAGGCUGGCAAAUAUUUACAAGGUCAAAGGAUAAGUCUAUCGCAGUUUGGAAUUCUAUGAUUUCGGCUUAUGGAUACCAUGGUGAUGGCCAAAUGGCAAUUCAACUGUUCCACAAAAUGUGUGAUUCUGGCGUUAGACCAUCAAAAAGCAGUUUCGUAAGCCUUUUAUCAGCUUGCAGCCAUUCGGGGCUUGUGAAUGAAGGGCUUUGGUAUUACAGGGUAAUGUUGGAGGAAUAUGGAGUAGAAGCAGUAACAGAGCACCAGGUGUGUGUAGUCGAUAUGCUUGGAAGAGCUGGAGAACUCGAAGAAGCCUAUGAGUUUUUAAAGCAGAUACCAGGAGAGGCUGGAGUUGGCGUUUGGGGAGCCUUGUUAAGUGCUUGUAAUUAUCAUGGAAAUAUGGAGAUGGGAAGAGAAGUUGCAGAGCAUCUUUUUGGAUUGGAGCCUGAAAAUGUUGUCGGCUACUAUAUUUCCCUGGCCAACCUGUAUGUUAGUGUAGGAGGAUGGAAAGAUGCCAUGGAAUUCAGGCAAAUAAUUCAGCACAAAAAUUUGAAGAAGCUGCCUGCUUACAGUAUUAAUAUUGAUGCUGCUUCUUCUUCGGCUUCAGCAUGGAAAUGACAAAAGAAAUCACACUUUUUUUUAAAAAAAAAGUACUAGAAGGUUUUUGUAAUAUUGGGAAAAGAAGUAAUUUAGUUCUUUUCAAAAUAAAUAGAGUAAUUUAGUCCAGCAAUUUAGUUCUUAUAAACAAAGUAAUUAAGUCUUGUGAUAUUUAAAAUUGAGCAAAUAAAAAAAUAAAGGCAAUCUUCCGCUAAUUAAA